GAACUGCGAAACCUCCAUUGGUUAAUGUACAGAGGUUUGUUGAGUUUGGUAAUCUUUCACCAGAUCGCAAAUUCCUACUUAAAUGAGUUUGCCUAUUUCGCUGUGGUAUUGGAUUCCCGAGACGAAAUUUGAUUAGUUGGCAAUUUUGUUUUGCGCGGUGAAAUUGCAUUGUAGGUGAGGAGCGGAUUCUUAUUAGAAUUGUAAAUUAGGCGUGGCACGUGCUAGUAGUAUUAAAAAAAGUUAACGUCAUUUGUUUAUCUUUAUUAUUUUUUGUUUAGUAUAUUUUAGUUGUUUACGAUAAUUUACUGUAUUAUGAAUGGAAUGCAUACUAAAAUCUCUGGAAGUUUGCUUCGUUAAAUUUUGUUAUUUUAAUUUUUGUAAUAUGGUCGUUAUUGUCAUAUACACACAUAUGUCUUCAAAUACAAAUAUACAGUGAUUAAGAUUUUUAAAAACUUUGUAACUUCUAGUGUACGAACGUACAAGUUGUGACUCAAAGCUUCCAAGUUUAGAAUUUCUCUUAAAACUUCAUUCGUUCAUUGCUUCAGAAUGGGUGUCUAAAUAUGCCCACAUCGAAUUAAGGGAAAAAAAAGUUUACAUAUUUUAAAAGGAAAACAAUUCAUGGAAGACUUUUUGUUGGUUGAGUUCGAACAGGGUGGGAGAUUGAACUAUUGACUCUUGCGAUGAUAAUUGGUGCCUUAUUUACUGAAAGUUCGUAUAGGUAAAUUAUCUGAGUUUGAAGAGAUAAAUAAGGCAAAAUUAUCCAAGUUUGAAGAGAUAAAUAAUAGAAGAAUGUAUAUAAAUAAUAAUAUUGAUUCAUUCAUCCAGUUAUCAAUAUUAAUGGAAAAUUUAAGCUAAGAUAAGGAGACCAGGCUAUCACUUUGCAUUUUUAGACUCGAGUAAAAAUUUAUCGAGAGUCAAAGAAAGAUUAUACUCUAAAUUUGUUGAGGAACAAGUUAAUAGCCGGCAGUAUAUUAUACAUGUGAGACUUAGCAAAAACUGAGAAUGCACGAAGCCUGCCUUUCAUACUAUAUGAAGUCCAGUGUAUCCGCUAUGCACAGAACAAUAUCCAUGCUUAUAUCUCACACCAGUCAUCAGACAAUCAAGUUAGUAUGAGGCUGGUGCUUCUGUAAUGUCCACUGAGAUGGCUGAGACGGAUGUGUUAAAAGCCUUGUCACAAAUUAUCGACCCAGAUUUUGGAACAGAUAUUGUCUCAUGUGGUUUCGUGAAAGAUCUUCACAUUGAUGAGGCUAUAGGAGAGGUUUCUUUCCGGUUAGAACUCACUACACCAGCAUGUCCAGUCAAGGACCUGUUUGAACAGAGGGCUAAUGAGGUAGUAGCAGCACUUCCUUGGGUUAAAAAUGUGAAAGUGACAAUGUCAGCACAACCAGCAAAGCCUAUUUAUGCUGGGGAACUUCCACCUGGGUUGCAGAGAAUCUCAAACAUUGUGGCAGUUUCGAGUUGCAAGGGAGGUGUAGGGAAAUCAACUGUAGCUGUAAAUCUGGCUUAUACUUUGGCUGGUAUGGGUGCUAGAGUUGGUAUUUUUGAUGCUGAUGUUUACGGACCAAGUUUGCCCACUAUGGUUUCCCCUGAAAACAGACUGCUAGAAAUGAAUCCAGAGACGAGAACCAUUCUUCCAACUGAAUACUUGGGAGUCAAGUUGGUAUCUUUUGGAUUUGCAGGACAGGGUCGUGCCAUAAUGCGAGGUCCAAUGGUUUCUGGUGUCAUUACCCAGCUACUGACUACUGCUGAAUGGGGUGAGUUGGAUUACCUAGUUAUUGAUAUGCCCCCUGGAACCGGUGACAUUCAACUCACUCUUUGUCAGGUGGCCCCAUUAACUGCUGCUGUUAUUGUAACCACACCACAAAAAUUAGCAUUCAUUGAUGUUGCUAAAGGAGUUCGCAUGUUUUCAAAACUGAAGGUGCCCUGUGUGGCCGUGGUUGAGAACAUGUGCCACUUUGAUGCUGACGGAAAACGUUAUUAUCCAUUUGGCAGAGGUUCAGGUUCUCAGGUUGUCCAGCAGUUUGGAAUUCCUCACUUGUUUGAUCUUCCUAUUAGACCAACUCUAUCAGCAUCAGGAGAUAGUGGGAUACCUGAAGCGGUGGCUGAUCCUCAAGGUGAAGUCGCCAAGACAUUUCAGGAUCUUGGGGUCUGUGUUGUGCAACAGUGUGCCAAGAUCCGGCAACAAGUAUCAACAGCUGUUACUUAUGAUAGAACGAUCCGAGCAAUCAGGGUGAAGGUACCUGAUUCUGAUGAAGAAUUCCUUUUGCAUCCUGCAACCGUGAGACGAAAUGACCGCUCUGCCCAGAGUGUGGACGAAUGGACAGGUGAGCAAAAACUGCAAUACACUGAUAUUCCGGAAGAUAUACAACCUGAGGAAAUCAAGCCCAUGGGGAACUAUGCUGUGACAAUUACCUGGCCUGAUGGAUUUAAUCAGAUUGCUCCCUAUGAUCAACUGCAAAUGAUGGAGAGGUUAGUUGAUGUUCCUCAGCUAACUCCAGCACAGGCAGUGUAGAGUUGCAAGCAAAUUUGAAGAUUAGGCUAUGAGAAAUCAAGAUUGUUGAAUUAAAAGCAUACCACUUUGGAUGAAGUUAGAGAUAGAAAUCCUUUUUUUCAGUUAUUUUUUAUGUAAUAUUGUAAGCUUGUAAUGUAAUUGAUGCUUAAAAGCGAGUUGAAACGGUGAAAUAUCAAUCUUAUGCAUGUAAAUUAGAGAAACCUAUCUGUUUCUUUGUAUUUUGUUAUCUGACAGCAUGUGGUGUAGAAAGAAUCAAUAUCCACCCAUUUCUUCGCCAA